CCUAGAAUGAAACGAUCUAUCUUCACAGCUGUGGGCAAGAUUCAAAAUAUCUUAAAAUAUGGUAUCUGAUCCGUUAAUCCACUUAGAGGCCUUCCUUCAUUCUCUUAUCCUUCCCACUUAAUUUAAUCUCCUUUACUAUCUCUAUCUUUCGAGUUUCUACGAAAGUAUUUGAUUCGAGUCAAAAUCGCAACUGGGUUUGGUUUCCCGAAUCAGUAAAUGGCUUUGCUGAGUCCUCGAUUGCAUAGAUUCCGCCUAACCAAGCUCCACUAUGCCUCCGCCUCCAUACCCACAAAGACAAACCAGCUCACUCUCAGAAGAAAAAGCCGUUGCUGCUCCUCCAUAGCUAUCGAUGCUCCAUCUUCUUUAACAGAUGCUGCGGGAAUCAGAUGGGGCUCGACGACUCUGCAAGGAUUGCGCGAAGAAAUGGAGGACGACGUUGUUGUGCGGUCUGAUGGUCUUAGUGGCUUCUUGUUUGCUGCAGUGUUCGAUGGCCAUGGUGGCUAUUCCUCCGUCAAGUUCCUCAGAGAGGAGCUGUACAAAGACUGCGUAGCAGCUUUACAAGGUGGCCUGCUGUUGAAUGGAGGUGAUUUUGAAGUGAUAAAAGCAGCUUUGGCGAAGGCUUUUGAUGAGACUGAUAAAAAGUUACUCCUUUUGCUUGAAGCAGAUGGGGAGGAAGAUGAGUCUGGUUCCACGGCAACUGUUGCGUUCAUACGAAACGAUGUGUUGUUCGUUUCUCAUGUUGGCGACUCUUGUGUUGUAUUAUCUCGUCCUGGAGGAGCACAGUUGUUGACUAGUUCUCAUCGGCCUUAUGGAAACAACACCACCUCACUGCAAGAAGUUAAAAGAAUUAGAGAAGCAGGUGGAUGGAUUGUUAACGGAAGAAUCUGUGGGGAUAUCUCUGUAUCGCGUGCAUUUGGCGACAUACGGUUCAAGACGAAGAAAUACGAGAUGCUACAAAAAGGAGUUGAAGAAGGGAGAUGGUCUGAAAAGUUUGUUUCUCGUGUACGUUUCAAUGGAGACUUGGUUACUGCAUCACCGGAAAUUUUCCAAACUACACUCGGAUCAAAUGUCGAAUUUAUGCUGAUAGCAACAGAUGGCCUUUGGGAUUACAUGAAUAGAUCGGAUGCGGUUAAGUUCGUUCGAAAUGAACUUAGACAGCAUGGUGAUGUUCAGCUAGCUUGUGAAGCCCUCGCGCAAGCAGCCUUGGAUAAAGGGUCACAAGACAAUAUUAGCAUUAUCAUGGCUGAUUUCGGGCGGACGGAUUGGCAGAACUUUCAGAUGAAGCAAGAGAACGUCAUAUUUGAAGUGGCUCAAGCUUUUGCUACCAUCGGGGUCGUUUCUCUCGGUAUUUGGUGGGCGUCCUCGACUUUCUCUCUUUAAAGUUCGUUCCAUACUUUUUGCCUGUAAAGUGUAAUUGAAUAAUCAUACAAUGUAUCACAUCCUAGCUUUUAAAUGACUUAACAUAUCCUCAAAAGAAUUGCAAAUUCUUCUUUCC